CUCUGUCACUUUCUUUUCUAUGUGGUGUUAAGUUUUGAGUGCGUGUCAUUUCUUAACUUACGCUGUGGUUAAUAGUUGAUUAAUUAUUAAUUGGAAAACACCGUAAUCUUAAGUACGCUAAAACUAAAAAAAUAUCAAAUAUGUCUAGUGAGGUUGUGGAGCAACUAGCUGAAAAAGUUGUAGAUGCUGUCGAAAAUUCUACGGGCGGUAAAAUAACAAAUGAAAAGACUCCUUCCACUCCUGAAGGAAUGGCCAUGGCUUACGGCAGCCUUGUUGUCAUGGCUAUGCUGCCCAUAGUAUUUGGAUCUAUACGCUCUGUAAAACUUCACCAGAUAAAAAAGGCCACCGGCGAAAAGACUGACACAAUGACGAAAAAAGACGCUAUGUUCUUUCCAAUAAUUGCAUCCGGUGCGCUUUUUGGUUUAUAUAUGUUCUUUAAAAUAUUUUCCAAAGAUCAUAUAAAUGUUUUGUUGACUGGAUACUUCUUUUUUCUCGGAGUCAUUGCAUUGGCACAUUUACUUAGUCCCAUAGUUAAUUCAUUGAUGCCAGCAGCUGUACCAAAAAUACCAUUCCACAUACAUUUUACUCAAGGCGAAGGUCGCAACAAGAAAGAUUUAAUCAAUUACAAAUUUUCUACACAUGAUGUUGUUUGUCUGAAAUUAUCUUCAAUUAUUGGCAUAUGGUACCUGUUGAAGAAACACUGGAUUGCCAACAAUUUGUUCGGAUUAGCAUUUGCGGUGAACGGUGUAGAAUUGUUGCACUUAAAUAAUAUUGUAACUGGCUGCAUACUACUUAGUGGUUUAUUUUUCUACGAUAUUUUCUGGGUAUUUGGAACGAACGUUAUGGUUACUGUUGCUAAAAGUUUUGAAGCACCUAUUAAGCUAGUCUUUCCCCAAGACUUGAUAACAAAUGGCUUAAAUGCUUCAAAUUUUGCUAUGUUGGGAUUGGGAGAUAUUGUUAUUCCCGGAAUUUUUAUUGCAUUGCUUUUGCGUUUUGAUCACAGUACCAAACGUAAAAGUCGCAUUUAUUUUUACGCCACAUUAACGGCCUACUUUUUGGGUCUGCUGACCACCAUAUUCGUCAUGCAUGUCUUUAAGCAUGCACAGCCAGCGCUAUUGUAUUUGGUACCCGCUUGCAUGGGCACACCCCUAUUCGUAGCACUAGUACGUGGAGAGCUGAAAACAUUAUUUGCAUAUGAAGAUCACCCAGAAGAAGAAAUUAACAACAAAAACAAUACUAAACAAAUAAGUGCAGAUAAUGGUAACAAUAGCAACAAACCAUCUGGUAACAAUAAUACUAAGAAAAAGGAAUCUAGGAAGGCAAAAUAAAUAAGAAAUCAAGUCAUUAAGUCAUUGCUAAAGAUCAUUUCCGUAAAACUUCCGCGUUCAAAUAAAACUAAUUUAAAACUAAUGUA